GAGAACUAUGCCAAGGGCAUUGAGUGGUAUAGGAAAAAAAUGCCAUUUUCAUAUCCUCAUCAAAUAACCAUUGAGAAAAGCCCUGCAUACUUUAUCACAGAGGAAGUCCCUGAAAGGAUUUAUAAAAUGAACUCAUCCAUCAAAUUACUGAUCAUUGUCAGGGAACCCACAACAAGAGCUAUUUCUGAUUACACUCAGGUGCUGGAGGGAAAGGAAAGGAAGAAUAAAACCUACUACAAAUUUGAAAAGUUGGCCAUUGAUCCUAACACCUGUGAGGUGAACACUAAAUACAAGGCAGUAAGAACCAGCAUCUACACCAAGCAUCUGGAGAGAUGGUUAAAAUACUUUCCCGUAGAGCAGUUUCAUAUUGUUGAUGGCGAUCGUCUCAUUACAGAACCGCUGCCAGAACUCCAGCUGGUAGAAAAGUUCUUAAAUCUUCCUCCAAGGAUAAGUCAAUAUAAUUUGUAUUUCAAUGCCACCAGAGGGUUUUACUGCUUGCGAUUUAACAUUGUCUUUAACAAGUGCCUGGCGGGAAGCAAAGGACGCAUUCAUCCAGAGGUAGAUGCCUCUGUCAUUACCAAAUUGCGCAAGUUCUUUCACCCUUUCAAUCAGAAAUUUUACCAGAUCACAGGGAGGACAUUUAACUGGCCCUAAGACAAACUUCCUACAACACUGUGUGUUGCACCUGGAGAUAUGCAACCAUAUCUCUAGUAGAGUAUAUAAAAAAAAUUAUGCACUUUUCAUACUCUCAGUUAUCAAAGUAAUCUUUUUUUCAUGCGUACUUGUACAUAUGCAGUGUGUGACCAAAUAUAAGAUGGGAUCAAUUUUUCUACAGAACAUGCGUAACAUGAAAUUUACUCUCUGCAUAAUUGCAUCAUUUUAUGCUGUACAAUUAAAUGAGAAAAUGUCAUUUAAAGAAAUUAACUCAGCUACUCCGUUCAAAGGGUCAGCACUCUAUUUGCUCCAUAAAAUUUAAUAUUAAACGUAGCUGGAGAGAGGGCAGAAUAUUGCUUUAAAAUUCAUCGCGAUUCUAAUUCACUGCAAUUAGAAUCCAUUUUUGAAAAAAUCUGCAAUGCAAUAUUGUAUUUCUAAAUAUUGUUUAGAAAUAUUAUAUUUCUAUUAUAACAUAUUUCUAAAAGAAUAUUGGCCCUUUAAAAAGAAUACAUUUAUGCUGCAGGCUUAUAUCGGCUUAUCACUGCUCCCUAGGAAACCUCUAUUUUGGUAACAAGAAGAGGCUAAUAACAUUUUUAUGAACAAUUCUCACUACUUCCAUGAAUUGGGGUGGGGAAAAUUAUGCCGAUUAAAUGGAUGAAAAGCCAGUAUAACUCUGCUGUAUGAUUAUACCCUAUAUGAUGCUAAGUUCUUUUGAAAAAUAUUUUCCUAGUGUUGAAAAGAAACUUUCUCAUGCAAUCAACAUAGUUUCAAAUUUCCUGUGGUGAGUUUGCACUAUUGUUUUUAAUUGUAUGGAUCAUCUUGGCACUUAGAGCAUGUCAAUCAUGUGUCAAAACAGAAGUCUUUUUUCUCCCUUCUAUGCUUGUAUGUUGACAAAAAUUUGAUGUACAUAUUGUAUAUUGUUUGUAAAUACUGGUUUCACACUAAGUAAUUCUAUUUUGUAAACUAAAUA